CAUAAAACGAAUAGCAGAACAGCGCUGCAGGCGUUGUGACAGGUGGUUCGGAAUAUGGAUUUUGCCGCCUCUACCACCACCUCGACGGCGGCGAUUUCCCCCUCCAACGACAUCGUUCCUCAGGGGGAGCACUAUGUGAGAGCUCUUAUUGAGGAUCAUGAGACGACAUGUUGGGGCUGUGGUCUUCGUGUGCUUGUUCCGCCAUAUGCACCUGCUUUCAAGUGUUUCUGGUGCGGAGCAAUAACUAACCAGAAUGCAGUUAAAAUCGAGAACAAAAACUUUAAGUGGAGACGCUUGCGAGACCGGUGUUUUGUUGGUGUGCUCGUUGUCUUUAUGUUAUUUGUGAUAUGUGGUGGUGUUUGGGCAAUUUAUCCUAUAAUAUUUUCUAUCAGUUACUUCUGCAGUAGUGUUCACUCUUUAAUUGCUGUAGCAUUGUCCAUAUCUACCUUGUCUGCAUUUAGCCUUGCUGCAUUUAGAUCUGCUGGUGCUCCACCAGACAUACUCUGGGGUAGCUAUCCUGCUGUUAAAAAAGGUGGGCUUGAGAAUUAUACUUUUUGUCAAUAUUGUUCAAAGCCAAAGACGCCUAGGGCACACCAUUGCCGUUCUUGUGGAAUGUGUAUACUGGAUAUGGAUCAUCAUUGCCCAAUUAUUGGCAAUUGUGUUGGUGCAUCUAACCACAGGAGCUUCAUCAUUUUCCUUAUUUCAGCAAUCAUUAGCACAAUAUAUGUGUCCAUCAUGUCUGCCUAUGCAGCUUUUCAUUUUUGGGCGCCGCUAAGCCACAAGCCAAUUCACCUUUUGAACGAAGCUGUUGGUCAAAAGUUGUUUUUGAGAACCUUGAAAAAUGUCAUAUUUGCAUUUCUCGAGUCUACAUUGUUCGUACCCGCGAGAGGGCUUGUUCUUGUGUACCUUUUUAUUGCUAGUGUUUCUAUCCUGAUAGGUUUAACUGUGCUGCUGUGGCAGCAACUCUGCUUCAUAUAUGAGGGUAAGACAUACUUGAGUCAUAUAAGUUCAUCAGAGGGCGAUGAAACUGCAGAAAAGGAUUGCCAAAAUCUUAUCCAGUUCUUUGGCUGUUCUCCUACGACGACAAGAUUUUUGCCUAUCUACUUCAGUUCUAGGAAGAAGCAUAAGAAGUGAAGCUUGGGGAGGUGAACCGAUUUCUCCUUUGAAUGUUUCUCAUCAAUUGAUUCUUUCUUUGGAUUGGAUCAUUCAGAUAGAUGCAAAUAAUGUCAUGCAAAAUAGAUAUAGAAUAGAACAUCUCUUUGUUCAGUUUCUCAGGUAGCCAUUUUACCUACAUUUCUCAUAUAUCUUUUUCUUGUAAGUUUACAAUUUGGCUAAUGACCAGAUGACCUGAUAGCUGAAACAGUUGAAAAUUUAGCGGUGUACACUUUGGCCGCUCAGAACUA